CUUCUACCAGCGCGUGACCGUAAAGAGACACGGCCGAGUCGUGAAAGGGGCCGCAACACGCAGGGCGCUGGUUGACGGCGGCGACUCCAUUUUGUUCGCCGCCUCUCUGCUCCAGACGUCGGUCCUGCGGUUGCAGAGUAGCGGGAAGAUGCGGCCCUUGGACGUCGUCGAGCUGGCCGAGCCGGAGGAGGUGGAGGUGCUGGAGCCCGAGGAGGACUUCGAGCAGUUCCUGCUGCCGGUCAUCAACGAGAUGCGGGAGGACAUCGCGGCGCUCACCCGGGAGCACGGGCGGGCGCAGCUGCGCAACCGGAGCAAGCUGUGGGAGAUGGACAAUAUGCUCAUCCAGAUCAAGACGCAGGUGGAGGCCUCGGAGGAGAGCGCCCUGAACCACCUGCAGGCGCCGGGCGACGGCGGCGAGGGCAGGGGCACGCGGCGGGGCGAGCGCGCCGAGGAGAAGGCGCAGGAGGUCGCGAAGAUGGCCGAGAUGCUGGUGGAGCUGGUGCGGCGGCUGGAGAGGAGCGAGUCGUCGUGAGCGGCCGCGGUCCGCAGCCAGUGGAUUCUGGUCAACUGGUGGAGAUUGGCUGACGCCCUGGAGAAGCUGAACCCAGAGAGCCUUUGUUUUCUCUUUUUUUCCCCUGUCUAAGCUCUGUCCUCACUUACACUACGUUUCUGCUAUGGUUUGUGGUUGACGACCUCAAUAUGAGUUCUGACUGUUAAACGUUUUUGUUUGGGGAAGUUACUUUCAUUUGGAAACGCGCUCACAUAACAAGAAUUAGGGCCUAGAUUGUAAGCUCUUGCAGCAGUCACGUAUUCCUGGGCUUUGGUUAUUUCUGAAUUUUGAGGUGCUUUGCUCUUUCUUGUGUGAUCUGAUAGCUCCCUGGAACUUUGGGUCUGUGUGUGACACGAGACUCAGAGUUGGAGUUCUCCGGCUCUGGCGGUGGUGAAGGAGCUGCGUUACUUCCAGAAGACAACUCUAUGCAGCAGCUGAAGCUGAGGAGGGGACCAGACUUCAACUGGAAUGUGGAUGGGGCUGAUCUGGCUGGGACUGACGAAUCAGAAGGGGUGGAGAAUAGCAUUGUUUGUAUUUGGGGACUCUAAUUUCUGUGUGAGACCAAAGGAGGAGAGAUGUAUUUUGUUCAAAAUUUAAAUUUUAUGUGGCACACUCUCUGACGUAACCUGUCUAGUCAGUUUGUUUGGACAACCUAAUUCAGCUUUAUUUGACCUGGAAUUUAGCCUAGAAGAUGAGAUCUUGGUAUUCUCUACAAGUUGAUGUAAUACCCUGAUGCAUUUCAGUGGAUUCUGGGCAUAAAAUGAAAGAUACCUACACAGGCCCUUGAGGGGCUGGGCAAGGAAGGCAAGGGCUGUCUGCAUUGGACGCUAAACUGGACGGGGACUAGGCAUCUUCAAGGUUCGUAAGUUGUCCAGCUAGAAAUUCAUUUGAGUAGCAGACCUGACAAGUUUUUGAGGUCAAAACCCUACCAUGUAUUUAAAAAAAAAAAAAAAUUACCAUGUUAAUAAAAGUAUUCAUUUGCUUG